ACUGGUGGAGAUACUGGUAUUGCGAUUUCAAAGAAGGCAGGCAUGAUACCUCUUCAAAUGGAACUGGGAGGCAAAGACGCCUGCAUCGUUCUCGAGGAUGCAGAUCUCGAUUUAGUCGCUGCAAAUAUCAUAAAGGGAGGCUUUUCUUACAGUGGCCAAAGGUGCACCGCCGUCAAGGUUGUUUUGGUAAUGGAGUCCGUAGCAGAUGCUUUGGUUGAGAAAGUAAAUGCCCGGGUGGCUAAACUAACCGUCGGUGCCCCGGAAGACGACUCAGACAUUACUCCAGUCGUGACCGAGUCGUCGGCAAAUUUCAUCGAAGGGUUGGUAAUGGAUGCAAAGGAAAAGGGAGCAACAUUUUGCCAGGAGUACAGAAGAGAAGGCAACCUGAUAUGGCCCUUGUUGUUAGAUAAUAUUAGACCUGAUAUGAGGAUUGCAUGGGAAGAACCCUUUGGACCAGUUUUACCAGUCAUAAGGAUCAGCUCCAUUGAAGAAGGAAUCCACCAUUGCAAUGCUAGCAACUUCGGACUUCAGGGAUGUGUGUUCACAAAAGACAUCAACAAGGCGAUAUUGAUAAGCGACGCAAUGGAAACCGGGACAGUUCAAAUCAACUCUGCGCCCGCUCGAGGACCCGAUCAUUUCCCAUUCCAGGGAAUCAAGGACAGUGGAAUUGGCUCUCAAGGAGUGACCAACAGCAUCAACAUGAUGACCAAAGUGAAGACCACAGUGAUCAACUUGCCAACGCCUUCCUACACCAUGGGUUAGUUUGUUUGUUUGUUAGCUUUUAGGAGCCUGCUAGCUAUCUCGCUAUCUGCCUUAGCCUUAAGCUAAAUAGUUCUUCCCUUCUCUUCCACUUUGUGUAAUGAAAUUAAUAGCAAGUAGCUGAGUUGUAUG